AUGACUACGGCUGCUAAAAAUGUUAAUAUAAUUGAUAAUAAUAAGAAAAAUCAAAUAGAAAAAACUAAAAGAAGGAAAAAUUAUGAUGAUCAACAAGUACAAGGUACAAACAAUUCUUCAAUUGUUUCAAAAAGAAGUGUUGAAAAACAUUAUACAAAUCUAUUACAACCUCAACAUGGAGAAUUUUUCAAAUAUUUUGUAAAACAAAAGAAGUUUAGACGUUCACCAGCUAUAAAUAGAGGAUAUUGGAUUAGAAUGGAGACUAUAAGGACAAUGAUAAUGAGAAUAAUAUCAUUUAAUUCUGGUGCAAAAAUCAAUAUUAUAAAUCUAGGGUGUGGUUUUGAUUCAUUACCUUUUCAAAUGUUACAUUCUAACAAAGUUUCAAAUUUGAAUUUUAUAGAUAUAGAUUAUCCGGACCUCAUAGUGAACAAAUACAAUCUUAUUAUGGAAUCAGAGGAGAUUAAAGAUCUAAUCGGGGAAUUUACAAGUGAAUCAAGUAAUUAUAAACUAAAAAGUAAUCAAUAUCAAUUGGUAGGAUGUGAUUUAAAAGAUAUAAACGGGUAUAAAGAAAUCAUUGAGUCAUUAGUGGAUCAGCCAGAUAUUAAUAUAUUUGUAGCUGAAGUUUCUUUAGCUUAUAUGAAUCCUAAAUUUGCAAAUUCUGUAAUUGAAGUUUCUUCAUCCAUUCCAAAUAGUCAUUUUUUAAUUCUUGAACAAAUUAUACCUGAUGGUAAGAACAACUCAUUUGCUCAAAAGAUGUUAUACCAUUUUGAUCAUUUACGAUCUCCAAUUCAAUGUGUUCAACAAUAUCAUAAUAAAAAUUUACAAAUUGAAAGGUUCAAACAAUAUUAUCCAUACGUUGAAAUAAGAAACUUAUUUGAAAAUUGGCAAUGUUUAAUUGAUGAUGAAAUGAAAGUGAAAAUAAACAAGGUUGAGGAAUUUGAUGAAUGGGAAGAAUUCAUAUUAUUUUGUCAACAUUAUAUAGUUGUGCAUUCAACAAACUUGAGUAAUCAAAUGGUAUAUACGAAUGAAAAUGAUGAGAUAGAAGAGAAGUUUGAGUGGGAUGAUAAAGUGAGGUUUAAUCAUGUAAAUGAAUUCAAUAAAGAAAUGUUGGAGAUCAAAUUUCCUGCUGUCUCAUCUAUAAAUGAUCAAAUAGUAAUCAAUGGUGGAUUGAAACAAAUGAGGACUAAUGAGACGUUGUCUGUUUCUAUUGAAAGUAAAGAUAUUGAUGUUUUACAAUUUCAAGGUCCAGAUAUUCCAAUUGGAAGGAUGUGUCAUAGCUUAACAAACAUAAAUGAUGAUCAAUUGAUUUUGAUUGGAGGUAGAUUAAAACCAAAUGAGUAUUUAAAAGAUGUAUACUCAUUAAGAGAUAAUGUAUGGACCAGAUUGAAAGUUUUACCAUUUGAAAGAUCAAGACACUCAGUUAUAACUAUAGAUAAUGACAAGUUAUUAAUAUUUGGUGGAUUGAAGAAGGAGAAUAAUGAAAGUCCAUUUAUAAUAUAUAAUAUAGCUACAGAAACAACUACAAAUUUGAAAGUACAAGGUGACAAUCCAGGAAAUUUAUUAAGUUCAACAUUAGUUUAUGAAAAUGGUACUGGUUAUAUAUUUGGAGGUAUCCAGGAUCACAAUAUACCCAUUAUAAAUUCAAGUCUAUACAAAUUUAAAAUCAAAAAUGACAAAAUUUACAUUGAAAAAGUUUUUGAACAUUAUUUAUUAUCAAGAAUUGGAAGUCAAGGGAGAAUAAUACAUGGUGGAUCUAAGGUUUUAAUUGUUGGUGGUACUUCAUCAACACAGAUAUUUACAAAGUAUACAAGUAUUAUGACUUUAGGUUUAAAUACAUUCGAAUUCAAAAGUGUUGAAAUUGAUGAAUCAAUUAGAGAAGAACACUCACCUAUAUUUAUUGGAUUUUCAUUAGUUGAUUUGAAUAAUAAACUAUACGUCAUUGGUGGUGGUGCUGUUUGUUAUUCUUUUGGAAGUUGUUAUAAUAGUGUUUAUGAAAUAGAUAGUAAUUAG